AUUGUUAGGCACGUGAAUCAUACGUCAUCAUAACAGAGCAAGGAACAACAAGCGAGCGACAUGGCGGCGGCGGCUCCUGUGGGUCUACGGUCUACGGUUGUGUUUGAGCAUGAUGGGGUGUAUAUUCACACAAAUCCGGACAGACAAGACGAUCAAGAUUCACUCAUUUCAGGAUGUCUGCGUGUGAUUGAGAAGGAUGGGGAUGCCGUGCUUGAGUUUAAACAGUUUGAGGAUGCUGCUGACCCCUCCAACAUGCUCUGUCCUAACAAGGACUCCAGCUCGGUGGUGGAGUGGAAUCAGAGCACUAGGCCUCCCAGGCCACUGGAGCCCCAACUCAGCUGUGAGACUGAGUGGGACAUGAUCAACGCCGUCCACUUCCGCAGAAAGGCCUCCAGCAAUGGCGAAGCCCCUGCAGAUGCGUCUCCCCCCGUGGCCGAAAGGAGCCGCGGAUGCCUGACCUUCAGCGCGGGCGACCUGAUCUCCAUCAAGGUGCGCCAGGCGGGAUGGACCUACCUGGAGUUCAGCAUGAAGGAAGACACACCAAUACCUGUGCUCCACUUCCACCAGGGUGGCACCGAAACACUGCUGAGCUGCCUACGCCGAUACAUAGUCCUGACUGAGUCACCCUUUGAUUCGUCUGUUCUGAAUGUGAGCCACUACAGCAAGGCCCUCUCGCAGUCAUUUGAGAACCUGCUGGACGACACCACCUUCGGACUCAUACAGAAGUUUAAAAAAGACCCAUACACCACCACUCUGGGGGGCUUCUCCAAGGUGACCAACUACCUGUUUGACGCGUUCCGCGGUGGGGAGUCUGAGCCUCAGCAGCGCCCCCCGGAGGAGAUGGUUGACCUGCUGAGCGAGGUCAUCCCCGGCCUGGACAUCAACCAGCAAGACGAGCCGGGCUUUGAAGUCAUCACCAGGGUGGACCUCGGUGAGAGGCGUGAGGUGCAGAGAGAGGCGCCGGUCACACGGGAGGAGUGGGCAGGGUGUUUGGACCCAGAGGGACGUGUCCUUGACCCCCAGCACCUUCAACAGCGCAUCUUCAAAGGGGGUAUGUGCCCCUCAUUGCGGAAGGAGGCCUGGAAGUUCCUGCUGGAGUAUUACCCCUGGGGCAGCACCCAGGAGGAGAGGAGGAGUCUGCAGAGAAGCAGAACGGAUGAAUACUUCCGUAUGAAGCUGCAGUGGAAGUCGGUCAGUGAGGAGCAGGAGAAGAGGAACACUAAACUGAGGGACCACAGGAGUCUCAUUGAAAAGGACGUGAACAGGACAGACCGGACCAAUCCUUUCUUCGAGGGUGACGACAACCCCGGCCUGAUCCUCCUACACGACGUCCUUAUGACCUACUGCAUGUACGACUUCGACCUGGGGUAUGUCCAGGGGAUGAGUGACCUGCUCUCGCCUGUCCUCUUCGUGAUGGAGAAUGAAGUGGACGCCUUCUGGUGUUUUGUGUCCUUCAUGGAUCAGAUGCACAGCAACUUUGAGGAGCAGAUGCAGGGCAUGAAGACCCAGCUGAUCCAACUCAGCACUCUGCUCCGCCUGCUUGACCUCGCCUUCUGGAACUACCUCGAGUCGCAGGACUCUGGCUACCUGUACUUCUGUUUCCGCUGGUUGUUGAUUCGCUUCAAGCGGGAGUUCAGCUUCCAUGAUGUGCAGCGCCUGUGGGAGGUGAUGUGGACGGGUCUGCCCUGCCAGAACUUCCAUCUGCUGGUGUGCUGCGCCAUCUUGGACGCCGAGAAGCAGAAGAUUAUGGAGGAGCGCUACGGCUUCAACGAGAUCCUCAAGCACAUAAACGAGCUCGCCAUGAAGCUGAACAUUGAGGAAAUCCUCUGCAAAGCUGAAGCCAUCUGCCUCCAGCUGAAAAACUGCAAGGACCUGCCCAGCUCCGUGGCCGAGAUUCUGGGCUUCAGCGGCGGGGAGCUGGACUCCGAUGACCCAGCAGGAGGAGCGGCAGCGUCCGCCUGCUCCAGAGCCAGUCCCGACGCAGAACCUGGAUCUGCAUCUGCCGCCGGACCUGGAGCGGAGGGGUCAGCGGCUUCGGCGGAGCCGGGCGAGGAGGGCAGCUCGGGCCGGGAGACCCCUGAGACCCCCUUCAGCCCGUCACAGGUGCUGAUGUCCGAGCCCAGCUUCAGCCCGUCACGCAACGGACACAUCGGGCAGGCCGCACAGGACGCUUACAAGCUGGCCUACAUCUCAUAGCCUCAGUGCCCUUCACUGUCUGAAACAGACACACACAUUUAUUCUGUCAAACAUACUGCUCGUCUCUCACACUCUAUUGAUCUACAUUUCUAUAUUUCUCUCCCUCCCUCUGUUUCUAUCACUCGUCUCUCUCUCUCUCUCUCUCUCUCUCUCCCUCCCUCUCUCUCUCUCUCUCCCUCCUUCACGUACCCUAUGACCCACCAGUGUCAUUGACAUUUUCUCUGCAGUACCAGUCCUCUGAGCUGAAGACAGAGGCUUAUUUUUCUAUUGCAUGUGUAUUUCUGCCUGUUUGUAUGACUAGAAAUGUAACUGGAAAAAAAUGAAGCAAAUCACUUUUUUUUUAUUUUUUUUUUUUAAAGAUUUUCUUCUUUUCCAAGCAGGAGAAUCAUUCCAACUCUCUGAGAUUUUAAAGAUGUCCCUCAGGAACUUGGACUGCACUUUGGAGAAGAUAUCAUAUUGAUCAUUUUUCUGAUUAACAUUGAUUUUUUUGUGUGGUGAUGGAUCAUGUAUAAAAAAGAAUAGAUAGUAAUAUCAUGAGGAAAGGCACAUUUUGUGAGAAACAUUUUCACUAUCAACCAUGUUUUUUUUUAACAUUACAUGCAGUCGGGGUUUAAUCUCAUGGAAAGUGAACUUGAUCUUGCCUUGUACAUGAUUACCUCUAAGCGAAAGCACAGUUAUAGAGUUGACCUGCUCAUACCACUCAUGCCUUUAUUAGGAACAGUGGUCACAGAAUUGUAGUGUUUUUAUUAUCAGUCUGUUUGAAGUGAGAUCGUAGUCUGUGCAUUCACACUCCUGUCCAGCCAAAGAGCAUUGGCUCCUAGUCCAAGGGAAACCGAUGUGAUGGAACUUCUGACAUGUGGCCUUAAAAUUGUUUAAAAACCCUCCCUGAUUGAAAGUAGACUGUGGCCUACCAUUCAUACCAGCGGCUAUUGAAGAAUAAGGACAUACAGUGUUUUAUAUAUAUAUAUAUAUGAAAGGGGAGUGUUGACCAUUUUGUACCACUGCAGUAGUUGUUUCUAUUAAGGACAGUUCUAAGAAGAAUUACAAGACGCUCACCACGAUGAAAUGAAGCUGAACAAUUUUUUUCCCCCCAGCAUGUAUUUAUUUAUCUGUAUCAAGUCUUUUGUAUGUGGACUUUGUUUGUAUGUUUGCAAAGUUUGUACAGCUUAGAUGCAUUUCCCCUUCUUCUUUUCAUCUGAGCCUGAUGAUGCUGGAGAGACUUCUAACCUUGGAAACUUUUAGUUUUAUUUUUUUUCUCACCAUUCCUCACGUCUCCGACUCUCCCGCGUGUGGUCUCCGAGACGUUGCGUAAAGUGUGACUCAUUUCUUGUCUUCCCGCACAACGAGAGUCUCCUUGAGUUACGAGCACCGCUGAUGCCACCCUUUGACCCUGUACUCGUUGUGCUUUUUAUAUAAAUAGACAAGUGUAUGCCUUCA